CAGCAUCCUGAUGUGUGUGCGAUCAGUAAGCAGCUGAGCCAAGCAGAGCGCAGUCAGCCCGUCGUGUCUCUAUCCGAGGCCGGAUGGUAAAAUCCAACCUCCAGCGGAUUCUGAAUAGUCAUUGCUUUGCUCGUGAAAAAGAAGGAAAACAGCAGACUUUUACUACCAUGGCGAAUUUAAAUAGUGGGAUCUGUGAGAUGAUUGGGAACCUGUCCCUGCACUGUAGUAGUACCCGCGGUCCGGGGCCUCUGUGGUGCUCCGAUGCCCCUCUCCCACCCCUGAAGAUCCCAGGUGGGCGAGGGAAUGGCACACGGGAUCACACUCCUUCAGCUCAGCCGCUCUACUCAGACCGAAGGUUGACUGUAACGGAGGAGCCAGCAGGGAACGGUCGCCCUGGAAUACUCCACUUCCAAAGCUAUCCCACAGUUUCAAAGACAAUUCAGUGGGAUGCUGUGAUAAGCAACAGUGCACUCUAUGUGGAGAUUCCUCUUGGCCCUCUUCCUGAAGGCAGUAAGGAGAGUUUCAUGGCUCUCCUGGAGUAUGCUGAAGAACAUCUGAAAGUCAUUAGCGUGUUUGUCUGCUUUUACAAGAACAGAGAUGAUCGCACUAAACUGGUGCGCACAUUCAGUUUCCUGGGCUUUGAGAUUGUGAAACCGGGCCACGCCCUUCUCCCACCACGACCCGAUGUUCUCUUCAUGGCUUAUGAUUUCGACAGGGACUCCUCCGAUGAGGAGUAGCGGCACAGACAUCCUCACAGGCCCUGCUUGCUUCCCCUUUUCCCGUUGUGCAUUGAUCCGUCUCACCCCAGCACACUGCCGUCUCUGUUUAACUCUCAGUAGUUACUGUUCUCCAUUCAAGUAUUCACUCUCCUCGCUUUUCUUUGUGUUCAAGCAAAUACAAUUAUCAACCACUUGCUGUUGUGCUGUUUUUUUUUUUGUUUGUUUUUGAAAGAUUGAGGAGGGAAUUUUUGUCUGACUUUACAAUCAUGCGGCUUAUAGCUAUAACUUCAGUUGGUUCUAAGUUCCUGUUCACCUCAAAUCUUUUCGUCCUCUAAUAAGUGGAGCAUUUUUUUUCUUCAUUUAUAGAAUUUAUUAAAAAAAAAAGGUUACCAGGUUUACACUCAGGUACUCCACCUUUCCUUUGAUUGGCUGAGCACUUCAAUCCCAUACUUGAGUUGGAUGUAUAUUAGUGGGACCACUUUUGUUUUGUAACCAUGUUAUUUUUGAGCAACAUGCCCAGUACUGGGUAUUUGAUAGGUGAUUCAUACGUGUUUUGGAGAGACGGAAUAAAAAGGUGAAUGUUUAACACAGCAUGUCGGUAUCAAGUGAAUAAUCCAAAGUUCUUUUGCUGAUACCUUAUAUUACAGGUUUAGGUGGUGGGGUGCGCUGAUUGUUUUUUGGAUCCCCCUCCCAAUGCCUGUUUUGAAUAAGCAUUCCUUUUUUCUUGUCCUCCCCUUCAUUGUAGCAUUGCGUUUGUUGUUGACCUGCAUAGUGGUACCUGUUGUGCUCCUGUAAUAAUAAAACAAACAUUGUCUC